CGCGAGGAGCCAGCGAGCGCGCGCGGGCAGCGGCGGGUCGGCGCGAAAUUCUGAACUGUUGAUCUGAGGAAGUAAACAGUUCAUUCAGAAGAAAGUAGGCUCUAUUAGAACAUAUUUGACUCUUCACCAUGCGGCUAGAAAAACCUAAGGGAGGUAUUUCUCGGAACUCAAGUCAAGGAAAAGCUUUUGAGAACCAGCGCAAAACAGGCCGCCAACAGCGACAAAAAUGGGGAGUGACUGUUCGGUUUGAUUCAAGCUUGAGUAGAUUUAGAAGAAGCCUGGAUGAGAAGCCCUAUAAAUGUCUUGAAUGUGAAAAAAGUUUCAGUCAGAGCUCAACUCUUUUUCAGCACCAGAAGAUCCAUACUGGAAAGAAAUCUCAUAAAUGUGCUGAUUGUGGGAAAAGUUUUUUUCAAAGUUCGAAUCUCAUUCAGCACCGUAGGAUCCAUACUGGGGAAAAGCCCUAUAAAUGUGAUGAGUGUGGAGAAAGUUUUAAACAAAGUUCAAAUCUCAUUCAGCACCAAAGAAUUCAUACUGGGGAAAAGCCUUAUCAGUGUGAUGAAUGUGGCCGAUGUUUCAGCCAGAGUUCCCAUCUCAUUCAGCAUCAGAGAAUCCACACAGGAGAGAAACCCUACCAGUGCACUGAAUGUGGCAAGUGCUUCAGCCAGAGUUCUCAUCUGAGGCAGCACAUGAAGGUGCACGAAGAAGAGAAGCCUCGUAAAAGCCAGGGGAAAAAUAUUAGGGCAAAAACUCACUUAGUAUCGUGGAAGGCUGCUAAAGGAAGAAAAACUCGUUUACGCUGAAAGUACUGUUUCAGCUCUUUUUGAAGGAAAAAAGUAGCACUCUUUUAGAACUGGAGACAUGGUAGAUCACUUAAACCCCAUAUUCUUUUCUAGCAUGGAAACAUUGGGAAUUUAAUCACUUUGGCCUGAAGUAAAUGACCUGAGUCUAGCCUUCCUCAUUUCUUCUUCUGUACCAUGGAAUAUAAAAACUGAAAAUACAUUUAAAACUAUAUAAGACCUUCCACCUUAUUUGAAGUUACUCCCUGUUUCAUUUUGACGAAAACAAUCGUGUUGAUGACACAUGUGUUUUGAGUACAAGAAUUCUAACAACUGCUUGGUUUUAGGACUUUCUGUGGAAGAAGUAAUUAAGAAGACAAUUUCCAUUAAUGGAGGACUGCAAUAUAUGAAAAAAAAACUAUGUUUGCAAAAUUUUGUAGUACAUUAAUCAUUGGUUUAUGAAUGUGAUUUAAGAGUUAGUGUAUUAAAAUGUACUCUGUUUUUAAAGCUCAUUAGUAUGUUAAUUUUCCUGUUUCUUGACUUUUGCUUAUGGAAGGUAUUAAAGGAGUAGCAUUUCCUUGUUUUAUUUUUCACAAAGAGAAUCUAGAAGCCAAAGUGAGAAAUGAAUUAGACUGCAAGUCUAUUUCUGCUAAUGCUAUUCCUUGUUAUAGUGUUGAUUUGUUUCCAGAAGUUAGCAUGAAUUUAUGUUACUUCAUCCCAAUUCCUCUGAAUUCUGUUAGCUUUCUUUCAUUUGACAAAUUGAGCUAACAUUUUAGAUCUCUGAAUGAGUUUUAUUUUCCCGAAAUAACCUCAGCUUGCUUGUUAUGAAUUUACUUGCCUCUCUGCCUUUCCCUUUGAGCCUUUAUGAUAACCCUGCUUAUCUUAAAUGUUUGUCAGCAGCAAAAUCAUUUAAGUCAACUUUCAGUGCAUUGUAGCGCCUUUGAAAUAUGAGUUAAUUUUUUCUAAGUUAAUGAAUUUUUGACAGUCUAGCAAACAUGCUUCUUAACUUCCAGCAGAACAGUGCCAUGUGUCAGGCAUUUUAGUCAGCUUUUAGUAAAACUCAGGUUUUAGUUUAUAUUGAAUGCUAACGUUCUUCUGAUUUUGUAUCUUUUGUAAUCAUACCAGUUCAUGCUUUAUCAAUGACAGUUACCCAUAAAAAUUAAACAAUAAAAUAUUUUGCAUACUA